AUGGAGGCUGAUUUAAAAAUACCAACCAAUGGUAAUAGACAAUUAGUUCCUGUUCUUAGACCAAAAUGUGUAAAUGGAUUUGCUACUCUCAAUAAUUCCGGACGCGUACUUGUUUCCGUAUUGUCUCGUCCUGAAUGUAAUAUUCAUACCUAA